CCGGGGGGCGGACGCAGGACGCACUGCGGGAGGCGGCGGCGGCAGCGACGAGAUGGGCCGGAGCCGCUCUAGGUCCCCUCCCCGAAGGGAACGUCGUCGUUCCAGAUCCACCUCACGUGAGAGGGAGAGAAGGAGGCGGGAGCGGUCAAGGUCUCGAGAGAGAGACAGGAGGAGAAGUCGUUCCCGUUCCCCACAUAGGCGACGAUCCAGAUCUCCACGGCGGCAUAGAUCCAGUUCCUCUUCUCCUUCCCGACAGAAAGAAAGGAGGGAUGAUGAAAAGAAAGAGAACAAAGAUGCCAAAGGCAAAGAGCGCCAGAUCACAGAAGAAGAUUUGGAGGGCAAGACAGAAGAAGAAAUUGAAAUGAUGAAAAUGAUGGGAUUUGCAUCCUUUGACACAACAAAGGGCAAGAAAGUGGAUGGCUCUGUAAAUGCCUAUGCUAUAAAUGUCUCGCAGAAGAGGAAAUACAGGCAGUACAUGAACAGGAAAGGUGGAUUCAAUAGACCUCUGGACUUCAUUGCCUGAUAUUUGCACGUGAAAGACGACUUCCCUCUAGUCGCUUAAUUGUCUUAGCCACAGGUGUUGCUGUUAAGAGGAUCCCAACUUCUUCCCACACAAAAUGGGCAUCUUCUUUGUGGAGAGUCCAUGAAAGUGACAUUGCCUAUAGGGGGUGAGAUGGUGAGAUGUUUUUGCUCAAAUGUGUGUGGGUGUUUUUUUACACAAAUUUAUUUCCUUUUGUGUUGCUGUGUUUCACUUUCAUAGGUUUCUGGUUUAAAAUAUUGUCAGUAAAUUAAAAUAGAAAAAUGUA